UCACAUUGGGUGGUUUUUCCUACAAAAUCACUUUCUGCUGUUCACAGGAUGUGACUGUGAUGCAGAGGUCCCUCUACAAUCAAUGACUGAGGAUGAAAGUGAGCAAAGUCAAUCCUACAGCCAGGAGAAAAAGGAUCAGACUGAAUGAGAUGUCUUAACACUGGAAAUGGUCAAAGUGGUAGCUGAGCAUUUGAAGACAGUAAUGAAUAUGCAAACUUUGAAGGCAAUGCUAUGAAAGAAGAACCAGUCAAAAACAGAGACAAAAAUAAACACAUAAGACUGCCUUAUUUUCUUUAGAAAUUUUUAUAAUCUAUUCAGAAGAUCUUUUCAAAAUCUGUAUAGUUUCUAAUUUCAACUCAUCCUUUUGUCUGUUCAAGCAGGCAGUUGUAUUCUGACUGCAGAUUUGCCUGGCAGUUUGCAGCUUCAUCAGCUGCUGAGCACUAAAACGAGGAGAGUCCUACAAGGCACCAAAGGAUGAUCCCUGGGAACCUCAGUGGAUUGAGUGAAUUCAAACUCCUGGGUUUUUCUGGAAUCUCUCAUUUGCACCCUUUGCUCUUUGUAGUUUUAUUAUCUCUCUAUAUCCUCACCUUGAUGGCUAACACAGUGAUAGCUUUCGUAAUAAACAGUGACAGCAGCCUUCACACCCCGAUGUAUUUCUUCCUCACUCAGCUGUCCUGUUUGGAUAUCUGCUAUUUGUCAGUCAUUAUCCCAACUAUUCUGGAGAACCUGAUGGUGGGAACAGUGAGUAUUUCCAAGACAAGAUGUGCAAUGCAAAUGUUUUUCUUCCUUUUCUUUGGGGUUGCUGAGUGUUUUCUCUUGGCUGCCAUGUCCCUUGAUCGUUAUUUUGCAAUUUGCUACCCCUUGCACUACACAAUUAUCAUGAGCAGCAGGGUCUGCAGAAGCCUGGUUGCUGGAGCUUACAUUUGUGGAGCUGCAGUGGGUUUGGUUCACACCCUCAUCACCUUCAGCUCACCCUUGUGUGGUUCUGCCAUCGACCACUUCUUCUGUGAGAUUCAGCCUCUCCUGGACCUGCUCUGUGGCAACACCUUCCCAAGUGAAAUCCAGGUCAUUGUGGUGGCUGUCUUUGCUAUUCUGAGCCCUUUCCUACUGAUCAUUUACUCCUAUAUUCGUAUCAUUUCCACAAUUCUUCACAUGGCAUCAGCUGAGAGCCAGGAGAAAGCGUUUUCCACUUGCUCCUCACACCUCUUGGUUGUGACUCUUUUUUAUGGCACUGCAGGCUCCAUGUACCUGAGGCCAAAAUACAGCUACUGUGCACCUGUGGAUAAAUUCCUCUCCCUUUCCUAUUCUCUGGUGACUCCUUUAUUGAAUCCCAUCAUUUAUAGCUUGAGGAAUAAGGAGGUGAAAGGAGCCCUGAAGAAAAAAUGGAGAAAAUCUAAGUUAGUGUGGAAAUGAAAUAGAAUAUUUGGGUUGUUUCAGGUGUUUGUGGUGAUAUUUUUCACUCUAAAUUCUUGUUCAGUAAAAUUAAUUUCCAGAUACACUCCAGAUACACUUCUGGGGAGUAAGGAGGGAGAAGAGUGGAGAUUUUCAGCUGUAAGAGAGAGUGUUAGAACCUAUGUUAACAUUUUGGAAGGAAAUUUCUUCCACAUACUUAAG